GCUGAGAUCGUUCAGACGCGAAUCUAGACCUCGUGCACUUGGAGAUGUUUUGUCGAGCGGGGCUUUGGGCUGUGCUGGGCUACGGGAACGGUGACGGACUACGGCAAUAGUUGUGGACAUCGUGAGCUGCUGCUGUAUAAAGGGCCUGUGAUGCGACCCCAUUCUGGAAGAAAUCAUCGACAAUAGCAUCUCCCACUAAAUCGUAGCAUCCCGGUUCCCAUCUCCUCUCUCCUCUCUUCUUCCUCGCAUUUUAUCUUCACAGCUACUGGAUAGCUCCCUAUUUUAUUUCUGCCUUGCAAAAUCAUCAUUUGAUCCUGCUAGAAACGUUGACCGUUCUAAUCAUAUCUAAACCAACUACCUAACUCUAAACAGAAUAACACCUAUAUCAUCACCAUGCUUUUCACCCUCAGCCUGCCUACUCCCUCCACCACCCUCCUCCUCCUUCUCACCGCCACCCUCCCAGUCGUCACCGCCCACGGCGCCAUCGUCUCCGCCACCGGCGACGCCGGCGGGCAAGGCACAGCGCUCGGCAUCGACGCGGCCACUCCCCGCGACGGCACGCGGCGCACGCCCUUCCAGCAGGACACGACCGUCUUCGGGCGCCAACAGCGGGGCGGGGCCGCCAGCGCCUCGGGGUGCGGCCGCACGGCCCAAAGCGGCGCCAUCGACGUUCCGUCCGCCAUGGCGGACGUAGUCAGCCAGAACGGCGGGCUCCCGCAGGUCACCGAGGGAGGCCAGGUCAGCAUGACGCUGCACCAGGUCAAUGCGGACGGCGCGGGGCCGUACGCGUGCAUGGUCAAUGCCGACGGCACCGCGCAAGACUUUGUGCCCAUGCAGGUCGAUACUAAUGUCCCUGGCCGUGCGGGACUUAGCUUUGGAAAUGGCGCGACGGACUUUCCCCUCAUCGCAACUAUGCCCGCGGGUAUGCAGUGCACAGGUACCUCUGGUGCCAUGACGGGCGUGUGCAUCGUCCGCUGCCAGAACACGGCGAUUGCUGGUCCAUUCGGCGGCUGCGUUCCGGUGCAGAUGAAGGACUCGUCGAGGUGA